UGAUUUUAAGACUCUCAGUGAGUACAAUUCAACAUUAUACCGAAUUGCAUCAAUGUUACAAUACUGUGAGCACCCAGUGAUUGAUGCAGAAAUGAUUGAACUCAUAUUAUCUACUUUUCAUCCAUCAAAUAUCAUUUAGCAACAACAAUAUAGAGAAAGAAAUUUCAAAAGAUAUUCAGAUCUGAGUGUAGUACUCUCACUGGCUGAACAACAUAAUGAUCUUGUCUGGAAAAAUCUAAUAUGAGAGACCUAUUGGAUCUCAAGCUAUCCGUGAGACACACUCUACUGAAACACAUGUGCCUGAAACACAUGUUGAAAAUAAAGGUUGUGGAAAUUAUAAUAACUGCGGUAGCGGACGCGGAAAUUUUCGAGGAAGAUGACAAGGACAAGGUCGUGGAAAUUUUAAUGGACAUGGUAGAAAGUUCCAAGGAUACGGUAGAGGCCACUUUCCCCAAAAUUGUCAAAAUAGUUAUUACAAUAAUAAUUCUCGAAGGGGAAAAUAAGUUGAAGUUAAAACUUAGAGAGAUAAGGAGGAAGUAGAAUGAGUAAAAGUUAGAAGAUGAAAAUGUUUUUACUUAUUCAUGUGUUUUUGUUUUACAUUGGUGAACUUCCAUAUUUAUAGGCAAGUUCUACCUACAAUAAUAUUGAAUGCAUUCACAUUAGGGUAAAUUUAUUAAUUACCUUUCACACUAUAUUUCAACAUUCCCCCUUGAAUGCAUUUUAAUUAUUAAAAAAAAAGAGUAAAUUAUUAUUACAAUAUUUCUAUUUAAUAUUGCCUCAUUAAAAACCUUUGCAUUGAGUAUGAUUUUCUCCCUGAGUUCAACAAAUAUCUCGUAGAAGACACAUUCCAAUUUUAUGUACAAGUUGUUCGAACCUCUUUGAUGGACCUUUGUGAACAAAUCUGCAAGAUUUUCGCUUGAUUGAAUUUGUUUGACUUUUACUAUUUUAUACUUCUGGAGGUCAUGUGCGAAGAAAAGUUUUGGUUUUAUCCCCCUUUAUGAAUCCUUCACUAACUUGUUCAAUACAACCGUUAUUGUCUUCAAAAAUUAUAAUUGGAAGAUUUUUUAUUGAGCUUAUCCCACAUUCUUCUUAAAUAUGACCAAUUACUGACCUUAACCAAACACAUUCUCUACUUGUUUCAUAAAUGGCGAUCAAUUCUGCAUGGCUUGAUGAUGUAGCUGUCAGUGUCUGUUUUGUGGAUCUUCAAGAUAUUGCGGUACCUCCAUAUGCGAAUACAUAUCCAUUUUGUGAUUUAGUCUUAUGGGGAUCUGAUAAGUAUCUAGCAUCUGUGUAUCCAACAAGAGUAGCAUCUUGCUUUGAUCGAUAAAAUAACCCGAGAUCUUUAGUUCCUCGAAGGUAGCGCAACAAAUGUUUUAUUCCACUCCAAUGUCUCUUUCUUGGUGAAUUGCUGUACCUAGCUGAUAAAUUAACAGUGAAAACAAUAUCAGGUCUUGUAUUAUUAGCUAGAUACAUCAGAGCUCCAAUUGCGCUUAAGUAUGGCACUUCAGGGCCAAGAAUCUCCUCGUCUUCUUCACAAGGUCGAAAUGGAUCAUCUUUUGGUUUUAAUGAUCGCACUAUCAUUGGAGAGCUCAACGGAUGAACUUUGUCCAUAUGAAAUCUUUUUAGAACCUUUUCUGUAUAGUUGGAUUGGUGCACAAAGAUUCCACCCCUUAUGUGCUCUAUCUGUAAUCCAAGGCAAAAUUUUGAUUUCCAAGAUCUUUCAUUUCAAAUUCUUUCAUCGGGUGUUUUGCAGUUUGUUCAAGCUCUUUGGGAGUUCCAAUGAUGUUUAAAUCAUCAACAUAAACUGCAACUAUAGGAAAUCCUGAUUGAGUUCGUUUAAUAAAUAAACAAGGACUGAUUUGAUCAUUUUCAAAUCCUUCUUCAGGAGAUAUUCACUAAGACGGUUGUACCACAUUCUUCUAGAUUGUUUUAGUCCAUAAAGUGACAUUUUCAGCUUUAUGGAAAACAUUUCUCGUGAUUUGUGGUUUUCUGGUAAUUAAGUCCUUCAGGGACUUUCAUAUAAAUGUCUGUAUCAAGUGAUCCAUAUAAAUAUGCGGUCACAACAGCCAUAAGACGCAUUUGCAACCUGUUUGAGACAGUUAAACUUAUCAAAAAUCUUAGUGUAGUUGCAUUUACUACUGCAGAAUAUCGUUUCCUCAUAAUUAAUCCCUGGUCUUUGGAAAAAACCUUGUGCUACAAGUCCUGACUUAUAUCUAACCACUUUAUCUUUCUCAUUCCUUUUUCUUACAAACACCCAUUUAUAACAGACCGGUUUUAUACCAUUUGGUGUUUGGGUAAUUUGUCUAAAAACUUCUCGUUUCUCAAGUGACUUUAAUUCUGCUUGAAUAACAUCUUUCCAUUUGGCCAAUCAUUCUUAUGCCGACAUUUUUGUAUCGUUCUUGGUUCUAUAUCAUUUUCAUCAUGUGUUAUUUCGGUGGCAAUUGAAUGAGCAAGUGCGUCAUUAACAAUAUCAUUUUCAUCAAGAAAGUAUUUGUUACAAAUGUGGCAUGACAGGGCAUUGGGCACGUACAUGUCGGACUACCAAACAUUUGGUGGAACUAUAUCUAGCUUCCCAAAAGAAAAAGGGAAAAGGUGUGGAAACAAACUUUAAUGAAGCAAGCACUUCUAUGCCUAAUGUUGAUCCUCAUAAUAAAGCAAGCACGUCAAUGUCUAAUCUUGACCUUUCAGACUUCUAUUUGGAUGGCGAUGAAAAUGAUAAAGAAUAUAACGAAGAUAUUUGAAUUUUUCUAAACAAUGUUGUGAUGCUUACUUAGUUGUAUUUCUUUUUACAUGCAAUUUUUUUUAUGUAUUGAUAUCAUCUAAGGUUAAUGAAAUUUUAUUUUAACUAAUUAUCUAUUUAUUUAAUAUGAAGAUAUGAAUCAGUUUGAAAAUAGAUUCAAAUAUCAAUGCCUCCUAGAUAGUGGAACAACUCACACUAUGCUAAAGCGCAAAGAAUACUUUUUUGAGUUGAAGAUGGUGGAAGCAGAUGUCACCACAACCUCUGGAACUACCAAACUAAUAGAAGGAUAUGGAAAAGCUCGAAUAAUACUUCCAAAUAGGACAAAACUAGUAAUUGAUGAUGCUUUAUAUUCGAGUAAAUUUCGACGAAAUCUCAUAAGUUUCAAAGAUGUACGCCAAAAUGGUUAUCAUUUAGAAACAAUGACCGAAAAUCAUGCUGAAUAUUUAUGCAUCACAUCUGAGAAAUGAGGAAAAAAAGCGUUUAUGAAAAAUUACCAGCAUACUCAUCAGGAUUAUAUCGUAUUGAUAUAAAACCGGUGCUUGUUGAGAUAUUUGAUGAUGGUGUCUAACAGGCAUUGAUAUUUGAAUCCAUUUUCAAACUGAUCCAUAUCUUCAUAUUAAAUAAAUAGAUAAUUAGUUAAAAUGAAAUUUCAUUAACCUUAGAUGAUAUAAAUACAUAAAAAAAAAGAUUGCAUAUAAAAAGAAAAUACAACUAAGUAAGCAUCACAACAUUGUUUAGAAAAAUUCAAAUAUCUUCGUUAUAUUCUUUAUCAUUUUCAUCGCCAUCCAAAUAGAAGUCUGAAAGGUCAAGAUUAGGCAUUGAGGUGCUUGCUUUAUUAUAAGGAUCAACAUUAGGCAUUGAGGUGCUUGCUUCAUUACAGUUUGUUUCCACACGUUUCCCCUUUUUCUUUUGGAAAGCUAGAUAUAGCUCCACCAAAUGUUUGGUAGUCCGACAUGUACGUGAACGAUGCCCUGUCAUGCCACAUUUGUAACAAAUACUUUCUUGAUGAAAAUGAUAUUGUUAAUGAUGCAUUUGCUCAUUCAAUUGCCACUAAAAUAACAAAUGAUGAAAAUUAUAUAGAACGAUACAAAAAUGUCGGCAUAAGAAUGAUUGGCCAAAAUGGAAAGAUGCUAUUCAAGCAGAAUUAAAGUCACUUGAGAAACGAGAAGUUGUUAGACAAAUUACCUAAAUACCAAACGGUAUAAAACCGGUUGGUUAUAAAUGGGUGUUUGUAAGAAAAAGGAAUGAGAAAGAUGAAGUGGUUAGAUAUAGCAAUUCACCAACAAAGAGACAUUGGAGUGAGAUAAAACAUUUGUUGCGCUACCUUUAAGGAACUAAAGAUCUCGGGUUAUUUUAUCGAUCAAAGCAAGAUGCUACUCUUGUUGGAUACGCAGAUGCUAGAUACUUAUCAGAUCCCCAUAAGACUAAAUCACAAAAUUUAUAUGUAUUCACAUAUACCGCAAUAUCUUGGAGAUCUACAAAACAGACCUGACAGCUACAUCAUCAAACCAUGCAGAAUUGAUCGCCCUUUAUGAAACAAGUAGAGGAUGUGUUUGGUUAAGGUCAGUAAUUAGUCAUAUUCAAGAAGAAUGUGGGAUAAGCUCGAUAAAAAAUCCUCCAAUUAUAAUUUUUAAAUACAAUACUGGUUGUACUGAACAAGUUAGUGAAGGAUUCAUAAAGGGGGAUAGAACCAAACACAUAGCACCAAAACUUUUCUUCGCACAUGACCUACAGAAGUAUAAAAUAGUAAAAGUCAAACAAAUUCAAUCAAGCGAAAAUCUUGCAGAUUUGUUCACAAAGGCCCUUCCAUUAAAGAGGUUCGAACAACUUGUACAUAAAAUUGGAAUGUGUCAUCUACAAAAUAUUUGUUGAACUCAGGGAGAAAGUCAUACUCACUGCAUUCUUUUUCCCUUCGUUCAGGUUUUUAUCCUAUUGGGUUUUUUCUGACAAGGUUUUUAAUAUAUUGUAAUAAUAUUUUAUUCUUUUUUUUUAAUAAUUAGAAUGCAUUCAAGGGGGAGUGUUGAAAUAUAGUGUGAAAGGUAAUUAAUAAAUUUACCCUAAUGUGAAUGCAUUCAAUGUUAUUGUAGGUAGAACUUGCCUAUAAAUAUGGAAGUUCACCAAUGUAAAACAAAAACACAUGAAUAAGUAAAAAUAUUUCCAUCUUCUAAUUUUUACUCAUUCUACUUCCUCCUUAUCUCUCUAAGUUUUAACUUCAACUUAUUUUCCCCUUCGAGAAUUAUUAUUGUAAUAACCAUUUUGGGGAAAGUGGCCUCUACCGAAUCCUUGAAACUUUCUACCAUGUCCAUUAAAAUUUCCACGACCUUGUCCUUGUCAUUUUCCUCGAAAAUUUCCGCGUCUGCUACUGCGGUUAUUAUAAUUUCCACAACCUUUAUUUUCAACAGCAUGUGCUUCAGGCACAUGUGUUUCAGUAGAGUGUGUCUCACGGAUAGCUUGAGAUCCAAUAGGUCUCUCAUAUUAGAUUUUUCCAAACAAGAUCAUUAUGUUGUUCAGCCAGUGAGAGUACUACACUCAGAUCUGAAUAUCUUUUGAAAUUUCUUUCACUAUAUUGUUGUUGCUGAAUGAUAUUUGAUGGAUGAAAAGUAGAUAAUGUGAGUUCAAUCAUUUCUGCAUCAAUCACUGGGUGCUCACAGUAUUGUAACAUUGAUGCAAUUCGGUAUAAUGUUGAAUUGUACUCACUGAGAGUCUUAAAAUCAGAAAUUCUUCCACUGAUGGCUAGCUUGUGGAAGAAACACCAUUUUGUGGUGAUCAAAUCUUUCAACAAGGGAGUCCCACAAUGUUUUGGGAUCUUUUAUGAAUAAAUAUUCAGAUUUAAGGCUAUCAUGAAUUUGAUGCCUCAAGAGGACUAAUGCUUUGGCCUUUUCUUGAUUUGUAGCUACCUUUAUUUUGGUAGUUUGAGUUCCAUCUAUUGGAUCCUUUUCUUUUACUUCCAAUACAGUAUGUUUAAGUCCUUGAGUUUCUAAGUUCAAGAUGGCAUCUUCUUGAGUAUAGUAUGUUGAAUAAUCUUUUGGUAAUCUCUGCCAUACUUGCUACAUAAUAUAUAAUUGUUUUGUAAGUAUGAAAAUGCAAUAAUUCUUAUAUUUUCAUAAUAAUAAAUCAUAAGAAAAAUUAUGAUGUUUUAAUUUCAUUAUCUUUUCCCCUUUGGUUUAUUAUUAUGAAUUAAAGUUACAAAUAAAUCAAGAACAAGAGAAAUAAUAAUAAUGAGAAGAAUGAAAAAAAAAUAGAUAAAAUCAAAGACAAUUAAUGCUAAAGAGCGUAAAAAAAAAAUAACAUAUACACAAUAUGUUAGUAUAAAUUAUCAUACAAAAUGCACUAAUAAACAAAAAAUAUGACAAAGAAAAUCAUAUGCAUUUUGUUUCCGCUUUAAAAUAAAUUACUUCUUCAUAAUUAUAAUUCUUAAUGUUAUGGGAAGAGGAAGAAGAUGGAUUGUUUUUGUUAUGGGAGUACAUUGUCGGUGGAAGGAGAAGGAGGGUUUUUGAUGUAAAGAGUAAAGUUGAAAGGAUAAGGGAUAUGUGGUAAAAAUAUUGGGUAAUCCGUUUUUAUGGAGGGUUAUCCCAAAUUGUAUAAUAUACCGUAUUAUUUAUAUAUACGUAAAGUAAAAGGUGAAUGGAAAAAAAAUGUACAUAGAUAUAAAUACAAAUAAAAAUGCACAUAUUAAUAUACGAGAAUGAAAAAAAAAAUGCUAACCGUCCAUUUAGGCGGUAAAAGAAAAACAAUUAACCAGCAAUAUAGACGGUUUAAAGAAUAAUAACAAUAGAAAUAAAUAAUACUAACCGUCCAAUUAGGCGGUAAAAAAAUAGUUAACCAGCCAUAUAGGCAGUAUAAAAUAAAAUAAUAACAAAAGCAAUAAAUUGUCCUUGUAUUGUCCAAUAAAUUAUUUUAUGGGUUUUUUUGUCUUGCAACGUACUUUUUUCUCCUUCAUCAUCUUUAGUUCUUUUAUUACUUUGAGUUUUUUUUUUCAGUUGAUGUUGUUGGAGCAUUAAUAGUUGGUUGUGUUGAUGAAUUAUUUGUUGGUCGUACUGGUGGAAUAUUAGUCGGUGGGACUAGAGGAUUAUUAGUUGGUCGUAUACCUGAAUUACGAGUUGGUGGUACUGGUAGACCAUCUGUAUUAUUGGGAUUAUUAUGUCAGAGCUGAUUAUAAAAUAUAAAAAUGUGUUAGAAAUACCUUGGAUGACGAUGUUGAUAUCAUUUGAUUAUUGGUCCAUUUGUGGGUACCGAUGAAAAAAAAUGCUUAAUUAGGUUUUAAAAAAUAUUACCUUCUUGAUUAUUAAAGGUGGAGCUCGUGCUGAUAGCGUAUUACCUUGGAAGUAGAAUGAGUGAAAGUUAAAAGAUGGAAAUGUUUUUACUCAUUAAUGCGUGUUUUUCGUAUAUUGGUGUAUAUUUAUAGGCAAGUUCUACCUACAAUAACAUUAAAUGCAUUCACAUUAGGGUAAAUUCAUUAAUUACCUUUCACACUAUAUUUUAACAAAUAUCAAUUUUUUAUAAUUUUUUAUUAUACAAAAUUAGAAAUAUUAAAGAUUGAAUUAGUGUAUUGAACUGCGUGAAAAGUCAAACGUUACAAGUAUUUUGGAACGGAAAUAUGAUUGUCAUUUGAUUUUCGUACACUUGUUUGAACUAUGAAGUGAAACAAGACUGUUAGAAAGUUUAUAUUUGUGCCGGUAAAACUCUAGCAAAGCUUGAAUUAAGAGACAAUUAUCUCACAAACAUAUUUAGGCGGGAUCAAGUAUAUGACAGGAUUACUGUAUAUUGUAAAUUAUCCAACUGCCAACUUGUACUUUAAAAGUGUGUGGAGAAUCGAAUAUUUGUUGAUACAAUAUGCUGAUAGUGAAGAUGAGUUUUUAAAAGAUAUGGCAAAGAAUAUGAAAAAUAAAUUUGAUAAAUAUUGGGAAAAUUAUAGUGUUCUUUCUUUUGCUGCCAUGAUGGAUCCUCGUUAUAAAUUUCAAUUGAUCAAAUAUUGUUUUGAACACUUGGAUCCUCAAAAUGGAUCCUGGAAAGCCAACCAAGUCAAAGACAAACUCUAUGAUUUAUUUGCGGAGUAUGUAAGGAAUGAUACUCCCUAUGGCCAUGAAGCUAGUAGUAAUGUCGUGGAUGAUGAUCUUCCUGGAUUUUCAUCUUUUGCUGGAGGGACUAGUGGAAAUUUGUCACAAUUUGAUAUUUAUCUUGAGGAGUCUAGGCUUGAUCAUCAUCUUGAACUAGAUGUAUUGCAAUGGUGGAAAACAAAUGAAACUCGACAUGCCCAGGUUGAGCGUAUGGCAAGGGAUUUAUUAGCCAUUCCAAUUACUACUGUUGCAUCCGAGUCAGCUUUUAGCUUAGGAGGUAGAGUGCUUACUAAGUAUAGAGUUUCUCUUCAACUGGAUACUGCUGAGGCUUUAAUUACUAGUCGUAGUUGGCUAUUUGGUUAUAAAGUAAAAGAAGAUCCACUUGAAAAUGGAUUAGAGGUUGAUCUUCAACCAAUGUGUAAUGAAGAAGCUAACAAAGAUUUAGAAGAUGAAGAUGAAAAAGAAGAUGAAGGCGAAGAAGAAAAUCAAAAUAAAGAUGAAGUGUUUGAACAGUUUGAGCCUGCCCCAACUCGAGUCCUCUUAACGGAAGCAAUUACUGGAUCCCUCCGCAAGCUCAAGGCGUGUUGCACGUUAGCAAGGGACAGGUUUAAGAGUCUUGAGAAGAGAGGAAUAAUCGUUCCAUCAGCUAAGAGCAACAGGAAAUAGGUAUUCUGAUAGUUGCUAGUUUGUCGAGGGCGCAAGGUUCGCGGGAGAUCACUUGCUGGCUAGAUAAAGUUUGAACAUUUCGUUGCCUAAUCUAAUCAACACUUGGUUUCUCGUUUGUUGUAAUGAUUGGGUUUCUCAGUUUUUGUUAGUUUAAUAUCUUCGCUGAAAGCUUUUGGUAGAGGAUACUGUAGAUCUGUGGAUAGAACAGAACGAGUGGUGUAUUCCGAAAUACAAGGUCUUACUUACAUAGCCGGAUUUUUUUCUUUGAAGGAAAAUAGUUAGGUUAAUAAAAACUUAUAUGAUGGAUCACUCUAAAUUUAGUCUAGUGUAACACAAUAAGUUUUAAAUGUUCAUUUUAUGUAACGCACUUUGUAAUUAAUAUAAAAUAAAAUAAUAGAAUUGUGUAGACAAGAUUUUUAAAAAGUUAGUGAGAACUAUUACCUAAAAUAUUAAGUUGGUAAAGUGAAGAGAAAAUACCUACCACCCCUUUUUUAUCAAAAAUAUUUUCUCUUUAAAAUUGCCCACCUCUUAUUUUAGUCUACUUAUUGAAUUCGUCCUAUUAAAGUUUUUGACUUAACUUCACCACUUUAAGGCCCUAUUUUGUUGACUUGAUUUAAUUGGUUAUUAGCGAUUGAAACUAAUCAAAAUUAAUUUUAACUGAUUGUAACUGAUUGAGAUAUUGAUUGUAAUUGAUUUUUAAUUAUAAAUUAUAAUCGAGUUAUACUAAUUAAACAUGAUUUUUACUAAUUAUAACUAAUUUACACUGAUAAUAACUGAUUUUGUUGAUUACAAUUAAUUUUUAAUUAUUAAAAUUAAUUUUCACUCAUCAUUUUUUUUUAGGUAACUAAACAUAACCUAGCCAAGCUCUUAAAAAAAAUCAACCCAAAACCUUAAUCUUGGAGUCGAUCCGAGGAUCAAACUAUCAGCAAAGAAGGAAAGAGCCCAACAAUUAUCAUUGCAAACUCGAAUUAAUUUUUUGUAGGUCAAUCAACAAAACUGCAAAAAAUCUCAAGGAAAGAGUUAACAAAUAACAACUGUGAAAAACAUAGAAUUUCAUUCCAGACUCCAUUAAAGCUUUACUAAUCAAAAGCUUCAAAUCUUCCUCAACUUUCCCAAAUCAAUGCGUGGAUUAGCAUCUCAACUUUAUUCUAUUUAAACCAAGAAAUGUACAAUCUAGUAGCACUUCUUCAUUGUUCAAAACUAAAG